AACACUGGUCAGAGAGCUAGAUUUGAAAACCUUUACAUUUUAGAAUGGCGGUGGUGGAAAGUCUUUUUCUGCAGGCUACUGGCACAAGCAUAUUACUUGGUGUCGUGGUUUUCAUGGUGGUUAUUUAUUUCUAUUUAUCAAGCUCUAGCUUUAAGGAAGAAGCUAAUGAACCUCCAGGACCCAAACCACUUCCUCUCCUGGGAAACCUGCUCCAGCUAGACUUGGACAGACCCCAUGAAGCACUUUCUGAGCUUGCCAAGACGUACGGAUCUGUGUUCAAAGUAUAUUUUGGUACCAAGAAAAUCAUUGUCUUAGCAGGGUACAAAACAGUGAAACAAGCACUUGUUAACUAUGCUGAGGAAUUUGGGGAAAGAGAAAUCAAUCACACAUUCAAGUUUGCUGAGGAACAUGGAAUCUUGUUUUCUAAUGGGGAGAACUGGAAAGAGAUGAGACGUUUUGCUUUAACAAACCUUCGAGACUUUGGAAUGGGCAAGAGAGGCAGUGAAGAGAAAAUCACUGAGGAAAUCCAAUACCUUAAAGAAGUGUUUGAGAGCUUUGGAGGAAAACCAUUUGACACAACUGAACCAAUGAACUAUGCUGUCUCCAACAUCAUCUCAUCCAUUGUGUAUGGAAACAGAUUUGAGUACAGUGAUCCUCAAUUCAAAGAAAUGGUCAAAAGGGCAAAUGAGAAUGUCAGGAUUGGUGGGUCAGCUUCUAUGCGAAUCUUCAACAUACUUCCCUGGAUAGGUCCAUUCUUGAAAAGCAGAAGAACACUCCAUGCGAAUGGUGAGAAAAACAAGAAGCAGGUUCGUGAGCUGGUGAGUGGUCUUCAGGAAACGCUAAAUCCAGAGGAACGCAGAGGAUUUGUCGACUCUUUUCUCCUCCGCAAACAAAGUGAUGAGCAAUCAGGACAGAAAAACUCUCGUUUCAAUGAGAAGAAUCUUAUCGCCACAGUGAUGAAUCUUUUUGUUGCUGGCACUGACACCACUAGCACAACACUGCGCUGGGGGAUGCUGCUUAUGGCUAAGUACCCUCACAUACAGGUUCAGGUCCAUGAGGAGAUUGACAGGGUGAUUGGAGGUCGUCAGCCAGUGGUGGAGGACAGGAAGAACUUGCCUUACACAGAUGCAGUGAUCCAUGAAAUCCAGAGACUGGCCAAUAUAAUUCCCAUGAGUCUACCCCACACCACCAGCUGUGAUGUGAACUUCAAUGGCUUCUUUAUUAAGAAGGGCACAACUGUUUACCCUCUACUGAUGACUGCGUUGAGGGAUGAGAGUCAGUGGAAGAGCCCACACACCUUCAACCCAGAAAACUUCCUUGAUGAACAGGGACGAUUUGUUAAAAAAGAUGCCUUCCUGCCUUUUUCUGCAGGGCGCAGGGUGUGCCUGGGAGAAAGCCUGGCCAGGAUGGAGCUCUUCCUCUUCUUCAGCUCCCUCCUGCAGCACUUCCGCUUCACUCCUCCACCAGGGGUGUCAGAGGAUCAGCUGGACCUCACAGGUGUGGUUGGGAUUACAGUGAACCCCUCUCCCCACAAGCUUUGUGCAGUGAAACGGACCUAAUCAAAGGAAGAUAAGCAAGGCAAUAAUACUUCAGAGGAUAGGAAAAAGCCUAUUUUUCAUUUUACUUCAUAUUGAUGGAUGUAAAAAAAAAUUUUCAUACAAUUUAAAAUCCUGAAACCUGUAUAAUAUUACCACAAUUCACUUUUCUUUAAGUUAUGUCUUACCAUUAACAACAUAAAGUUCACUGACAACUUCUCUAGGUUAAUUCCACAACUGAGUGCAUCUACACAGUGCAUACUUUCAAAUCUGCCAUUUGUUUGUUUGCACAGGUUUUUGAGCUGGAAAUUCAAACAAGAUUAUUCUGGUUUGAUUAGGUUUUAAACUGUUAGCACAGACAGUAUAUGUACUGUAAGAACAACUCUGAUGUCAACAAUUAUUUAUUUUAACAAAAUUAUUAUUGAUGCUAAAACUUAUUUUAAGCAACACAUUAAGCGGGAUAAAAUGUUAGUGUGAGGGGUAGGGUUAGUAAGACCAAAGGGAAUUGUAGAGCUAGCCUCUUUCAAGGCAUCUGUUUACUUAAGCACACAUUCACAUUGACAAACAAAAAGUACAUGCAUUAGUGUAGCAUGAGAACAACCCACAACUUCUAAUCUUUGGAAAAGAAACUUUGUUUAAAAUCAUUAAAUCAAGGCUAGAUUAAAACUACAUCAUUGACUUACUAUUAUAAAUCUAAAAAAUAAUAUAGACCUUGCAAGAGAGUUGGUUUAUCUGGAAAAGUCUUCUUUGCAGUUAGUUUUUUUUUUACUUGAUUACAUUUGAUCUAAUGUGAAUUGUUACAUAGCUUCUCCGCAGAUAUGUGCAGAACUGCACUGUAGUUGAUUGAUCUGUGUAUACUAUUUGUUAACAUAUUUUGCAAAAAUAAAAAUGAAUAUGUACUGCAAUUCUUUUGUAUAUACUGUGGCUGCCAUUUCAAAGUAAUGAAUCAGUGAGCUCUUAAUUUUUUUGUACAAUUUUGUGUUCAAGUCAGUAUUUCUAAAGACUAAAGUGUAUAUGUAUUCACUGUAUUUUAUUAUGGCACUAAACACCUUAUAUAAUGAACACCAUUUUCCA